UAAUUGUUCACCUUGUCUUUUCCCCAUCAAAAAAAGUGUGUGUGUGUCCGUCCUGCGCGCUCGAGUGUGUGUGCGCGCGCGCGUGCGGAGAAUUAAAAAAAAUGUCUGGUGGAGAAGGUGCCAUGUUAACUGAAGAGGAACACAAAGAAAUAUCAGAACCAGACAGUCAUGUGUCAGCCUCUGACACAGAGAUGCUCAAUGAAAAGACAGAACCAGUAUCCCCAGAAAAUGAUAGGGGCCAAGUUUCUGAAAGGACCAGCAGUGAACCAGAAGGGGACCUGAGGACCUUGGAGCAUCAUUUGAAUGAGGAGCAUUCCAGUGGAGACAUCGCUGAGAAUGUUAUUUCUGAGUGCAGUGAAUCUGUGAGCCUUGAACCAGAACCUGGAUCUGAAGAGCUGAAUGAAGAGAGUGACCCACACAUGGAUACACCACCUAAAGGAAGUGGAUGGACAACCUGGGGAUCGUGGGGGAAAUCGCUGCUUUCAACAGCAUCUGCCACAGUUGGUCAUGGAUUAACAGCAGUCAAGGAAAAAGCAGCCACUCUCAGAAUUCAUGUCCCAUCCUCAGGAGCUUCCGAAAGUGCACAUCCUGACACUGAUGAGAACUCUGUCACAGAUGUGGAAGAGUCUGCAGAGCAAAGCAUUCUGGAGCACCCACCUUUACCUUCUUCUCCUGGAUCACGUGGAGUGUUUUCUACAAUUACUAAUGCUGUACAGAAUACUGGUAAGAGUGUCUUAACUGGUGGUCUGGAUGCUCUGGAAUUCAUUGGCAAGAAAACCAUGAAUGUUCUUGCAGAAAAUGAUCCUGGAUUUAAGAAAACCAAAACACUGAUGGAACGAACAGUUUCCUUAUCUCAGCUGUUGCGAGAAGCUAAAGAGAAAGAGAAGCAGAGACUGGCCCAGCAAGUCACGUUUGAAAGGACAGCACACUAUGGCCUGCUUUUUGAUGAGUUUCAGGGCCUGUCUCAUCUGGAAGCUCUGGAAAUUCUGUCUAAUGAAAGUGAAGCCAAGAUACAGUUAUAUUUGGCAUCACUUGAAGGAGAGGAAUUGGAAACAGCAAAACAAGCACUAAUUGCUAUUAAGACAGUUUUCCUUCUUGAAGAAUCAGACAGUGAAGACAACGAAGACAACGUAGCAAAGAAAGCAGAUAUAGGAGAUGAGUUUGUUACCGUGCUUACAGAACUUCUCUUUGAACUACACGUUGCUGCUACUCCUGAUAAACUUAAUAAGGCUAGGAAGAAAGCUUAUGAUUGCUUGGAAGAAGCUAGUCUCCCCACAUCUAUAGAAAAAGACAGGAGCCCAGCAGAGAAAGUUAAAGAAGAUGAAGAAAAACAAGAAGUUAAAGAAGAUGAAGAAAAACCUCAAACAGGAGAAUCUGAAAACAGAGAAGGGAAAAAUAAAACCAUAGAGGAAAUCUACCUGCUGUCUAUUGAAAGCCUUGCUGAGGUAACAGCCCGUUGCAUUGAGCAGCUCCACAAAUUAGCAGAAUUAAUUCUUCACGGACAAGAAGUUGAAAAGCCUGCCUUGGAUCAAGCAAAAGUUCUAACAAAUUUAACAAGUACGAUGUGUAAUGAAGUCUCUUCCCUAUCAAAGCAAUUUUCUGCUGUUUUAACUUCAGUUGGGAGUGACAAAAAAGCCGAAGUUCUCAACCCAAUGGUCAAUGGUGUGCUAUUAGAGGGCUGUAACAGCACCACUUACAUCCAAGAUGCUUUCCAGUUAUUGCUUCCAGUUCUCCAGGUCUCCCAUAUCCAGACAACUUGUUUGAAAGUACAGCAGUGACCACCUUGCAUGAGCCUAUUCUCUUGGUUGCGUGCGAAAUUCAAAAAUAUGUCCAAUGCCAAUAGGCUAUCAAAGAGUCUUUUAAGGGACACUAAAUGCAAUUUUGCACAUACGAUACUGAAUAACACUUUUCUAUUUAGUUAACUAUUUAAACACAUUAUUCUAUUAUAGGGGGAGGAUUCAUAAUUCUUGCAUCAUAUGGUAAAACAUGUCUAGGUCAGUUUCAUUGAUUGACAUUGGUUUUGGCCAUUGUUGUACUAAAUAACAUGCAUCCCAUUCUGAAACAUUUGCCUAUAUGUCUACAUUGCCAAAGUGAAAUCCAUUGCAGUAAAAGCAGUCUGGAACAUUUAAUUAUGAUUUGGUACUCUCCAAAGUGAGGAUUUUCUUGUCACUCCAAGUCUGAGGAAUGGGCAGCCAGUAAAGCCAGACCAUCAAAAAAAUGGACCUCUUUGUGACUGAAGUGCCAGAUCCUGUCUAAACUUGGAAGCUAAGCAGAGUCAGCCCUGGUUAGAAUCUGGAUGGGUGACUUGAGUGUAUGAUUAUUGUUGGAAACUGCCCAGAGAGCUUUGGCUAUGGGCAGUAUAGAAAUGUGGUGGUGGUGGUGAAGGAAGGAAAGGAGAUUGGAUCAUAUCCUUAUCAGGAGAUUGGAUCAUAUCCUUAUCAUAUCCGAGUGGCACAGUCCACCUAGCCCUAGCUUGCUUCAGGUUUUUGCUGUGGGAAACAUGGGUGCAACUCCCAUGUUUGCUGCCUGAAAUGUGAUGUUAGCGUCAUGUUCCUUGCCAAUGAGUAUCUUGCCAAACCAAUACAUGAUUUAGGGUAGAAAUGCUAUUUUCAGUUUAGGGAAAAAUUACUUGCAAGCAUCAUAUACUACUUUGCCUGCCAUUAAUCUCUUUGAAUAAUGAGCUGUUGGUUUGUUAAAAUGCUGUACGUGAAAACACUACAAGCAGGAUUUUGCAAAACAUCCAUUAUAUUAGGCAUAUUCCAGGAAAUAAUCCCCUUUGGUUUUUAGAAGCUCAUCUAGGUAGAAUGCACAGAGUUAAUCCUGUGAGAGAACGACUAGAAGGAAUGAUGAAAAUGGAUUGCCUUAACAGAGGUGAUCUUUUAACUAAAGGUUGUGCAGGAAUAUGUUGUAAGCCUUGGGGGAUAUUUUAAAGAGAUGGUAGGAGAAUCAUUUAAAACAGUAGAUUGCUUAUUUGAAGCAGCCCUUAGCUGCUGGUUUUGCCAGAAAGCUUAAAUUAUGCAUGUAGUGGGGUAAAGCUUUGUCCUUCAGGAAAUGAGUAAGAAAGAAGCUACUAAGUGAAACAUGGAGCAAACUGUUCCCAUUUGAUGCCUGCUUUCAUAUCACCCUUUGUGAAGCUAUAUGUGCUGGCAGUGUUUAUCUAAUGAAAAUCAACUAGCUAAUUUAAAAGUUUUGUCAGUCUAUAGUUGUCUGAAAAAUAAAAUUCCUGAAAUCCACCAAUGCAAAACUAAAUUAUUUAGGUUGCAUUCCCGUAUAAACUGUUAUAUAGAACAGGACUCUUUGGGACUUACUUCUGGGCCGUUCUGCAAAGAAUUGUGCUGUAAAUCAUAAACCAUUGAAUUAGCACUGGUUUUGUCAGACUUCAGCAUACCUUCUUCAGUUUCUGUAAUGUUCACUUUUAGAACGAUGUAUCGGAGAUCAGAGGUGCCCAAAGACAAAGAGCCAAAGAAAUGUCUGGUAGGAUCAUAUGUUCCUUCCACAUCCCUCCUUUCAUACAUGAAUUUCAUCUGCAAGCCCAUCAUUUACCACCCAGCUCAGCAUUAUGUGUGACCAUUGCCAAUCCCAAUUGAAUUAACUCACAGGUGCCUCCUAAAUUGAGUAUAAGCAUUAAUUGUAAUCAAGAAUCUCAAAUGGACUUUAGAAGCACCUUUGGGUUAGUUUAACUUGUGUUGGUGACAGUUCCAUAAAACAGUGAAUCCAGGUAGAAGAGAUGGUAGGAAGGUGCAUGUAGUCCUAUAGCAAACUUGGGAAGAUAGGAAGUAUCCUAUACACUGGCCAAGCUGAUGUCUAUGUUACAGGGGUUCCUUAUCCAUUACAGCUUUUAUUUUGAGCUUUGUGGAAACUAUAGAUAAGGAAGGAGCCCCACUGACAGGAGUCACCAGCUUCCCAGGCCUACACCAGGUCAGAUCAUUGGCUCAUUUAGCUCAGUAUUGUUGACACUAAAUGGCAGCUGAUCUCCAGCAUUUCAGGACUGAAUUUUUCCAGCACAGCCUGGAGAUUCUGGGAAUUCAGCUUGGGACUUGGUGCAUAUAAAGCAUGGGCUCUGUCACACUGUCACAUCCUAAGGCUUAACCCCUAUUUUUUUUAAUGUAUGGACUAGACCAAAGCUAUCAUAUGGAUAAUAUGCAUAUAAUUUUGUAUGCAGAACAUUUUAAAAUGGAUUUUAAAAAUUCCAUUUAUCUACAUAGUUGUGAAUUCUGUCCAUAGUUUGUGGGAAUAAUAUUUCUUCUCUCUCACAUAUGCAUAGUUUAUUCUUUGUAAUAAUGUAGUUUUUGUAAUGAUUUGUAGCUUCUGCUAACUCAUGAAUACUGAAGGACGUGCUCCAGUAAGAUAAUGCUGAAAUACAAGACUUGCUUAUUUUUCAUGUGUUCUUAAGUUUUCAUCCUAAAAAAUAGCAUUUUUUACUUUCUUUUGUACUAACAUUUUAUUUUAUAUCUCACUCUUGCUAUUUAGAAGAUUCAGAACUGCCUACACCAUGUUAGAAUAUCUUCCAUUAGACACUUCCCCAGUGGAACCCCCUUUAAAAUUAAUGGGUGCAAGGAAGUGCUCUUGCACAACUUCCAUUCAUUUUUAUGAAGAUGCUGCCAGGGAGUAUCCCAGGAAAUUACAGCCUCCUAGAGGUUGACAAAGGACUAAGUUUGCAUAAUCCAACUAAGCUACCAUGGAAAUUGUACCUGCGACAAUUCACACCUUAAAUAUGGCACUGUGCCCAUGAUGAUUUAUCUAAAUUGUGGUUCAUGCUGGGCAUGAUUUGCAUAAUCCCCACCCAGAUGAAGCUUGUUGUGUCAUACCAUCCCUGCUGUCAUGAUGUGUUGGAGGGGGAAACAACCUUUCAGUAAAACACGGGUUGUUGUACAUUUGUUGUCCUUCAACAAACCAUGCUCCCCUAGUUCACAUGCCAUAUUGUUAGUUACUUUCUUUGUGCUAAUUAGUCCAGUAUAGGGGGCCAGGAAGUACUGAAGUAAUAAAUGAUUGCAGCUCAACUGAGCCACAUGUUAGAUGUGAAUGAGUUGCACAACAGAAAACCAUUUAUAGACCUACUUUCUGUCUAAAUUUGCAUAGGAUUGCACCUUUACUUGAGUACAUUUGAAGAGAAAAAUUCUGGAGUAAGUAAAUGAUGCCAGUAAUAGAAAAGAGAGGAAGAGGUCCACUCAAAUUUGCACAAGCCAUGAUUGGAGAAGGAAUUAGUUACAGAAUAAACCAAAUCCAGGAACUCAAGAUCCAGUAUAGGUGGGAAGAAGAAUAAUUUCAUGCUUAAAUAAAGCAUGAACAAUUUUGCUGCUCAUUCUGAGUAACCCCAUCAAUUUCAGGAAUCUAUUUGAUAAGCCACACUUAGGUUUAGUAUAUGUGUUUCACAAAUGUUAUAAAGAUGAUUCAACUCGCUGCUUUUCUUUAUGUUUUGCUUGAUUCAAAUAUGAAGCCUCUCCUUCAUGUCUUAAGCCUGCCAUGACUAAACCACAGGCAAUUUAUAAAAAGUACUGAAAAAAAGAAAAAAGAAAUUAUUUUGGAAAAAAGAAUCACUACUUACCCUUAACCCACUGAAACUGACAAGCUGUUUUAAAUGGUUAAACUGUUCUAAUCGUAAUAAAAAUUAUUG